ACGCACUGCAGAAAAGCUGAACAACUUCUCUUCCCGCACGUCCCCGGCCCAGGGAAACGGCCAGUUGCCUCGGCGAGCGGGUUCCGCUCUCUUGACGACGAGGACAGGACGUUGAAUCCAAGCACACACGCGGGCGGGGCUGCGCGUGCAGCAGCCAGCGGCUCGGGAAGAUGGGUGCUUGCAUGAGCUCGAACAUGGAUGCGGAGGAGUCAAGGAAGAGGAGCCAAAUGAUCGAUCGGGGACUCGAGGAGGAUGCGCGGAGGCUGCGACGGGAAUGCAAGAUCCUCCUCUUGGGUUCCGGAGAGAGUGGCAAGUCGACCAUCGUCAAGCAGAUGAAGAUUAUCCAUCAGAAUGGCUACACGGUCGACGAAUUGGCCCUCUAUCGGCUCACCAUCUAUAAGAAUUUAACUGAUUGCGCCAAGGCUCUGAUCGGAGCCAUGCGGCAGUUUGACAUCGAACCACAGAACCCCGAAAACGUCGAAUACAGUGAUUUUCUGCUCGAUUAUCAAGUCGAUCCGGAUCCCCAUACGCCUCUGGGCAGGAAAGUCGGCAUCGCCAUCACCUCGUUGUGGAAGGAUCCGGCCAUGGAGCAGCUCUUAGAGAGGCAGAGCGAGUUCUAUCUAAUGGAUUCCGCGCCAUACUUCUUUGAAGAGGCCAUUAGAAUUUCGGACCCGGAAUACAUACCAGUCGAGGCGGAUGUUUUGAGAGCCAGAACGAAGACGACCGGUAUAUAUGAGACCAGAUUUACCAUGGGUUCUUUGAGCAUACACAUGUUCGACGUGGGUGGCCAGCGGAGUGAGAGAAAGAAGUGGAUUCAUUGCUUCGAGAACGUAACAUCGAUCAUCUUCUGCGUGGCCCUCAGCGAGUAUGACCAGGUGCUUCUAGAAGAGAGCAACCAAAAUCGGAUGAUGGAGAGCCUGGUGUUGUUUGACUCGGUGGUCAAUUCGAGAUGGUUCAUGCGGACCAGUAUCAUCCUGUUUCUGAACAAGGUCGAUCUCUUCAGACAGAAGCUCGGACGUUCACCUUUAAGCAACUACUUUCCGGACUACUCGGGUGGAGACGACAUUGGCCGAGCAUCAAAAUACCUGCUAUGGCGAUUUAACCAAGUCAACCGCGCACAUCUCAAUCUAUAUCCUCACCUUACCCAAGCGACCGACACGUCCAAUAUCCGACUGGUCUUCGCGGCUGUGAAAGAGACGAUUCUACAAAACGCUCUCAGAGAUUCGGGUAUCCUGUGAGCUUUAUUUCAUGAUAUAUCACGUCGGGUUUUGGCUGGGUUUUCUUUUUUCCCCUUUUUGGAAUCCUCCCAAUUCAGCGGAGCGGGCGUUUCGUUCGGGGUCAUACGUAUAGGAGUUUGGAGUGGCCAUCUGACCCGCACAGGUGGUAGGUAUUGCCGCGCAGAU